CCCAGAAAUCUGUGCAGCAGUGAAGAAUUAUGGGAAAUGCUAGAUUCGCAUUCUGAUGUGUUGAUGGGGUAAGGCUUGUAGUCAACCGCCAAUUUUGAUUUUUAUCUAUGAAUAAUCCAUCGUAAACACAGAACUUAAACUUUGAUCACGACCGUACUCUCUUAACGACCGGCGAGCGGCUUCUGUGCCCUUCAAAUGACUUCAACGAGAGCCGAUGUUCAGGAGCUGGCUAACCUUCUGGGCAUCAUAUCCGAGGAUGCCUGCAGCAACACCUUCGAGAGCCUGUCCACCGCCUUCCACCACUUCUUCGGCAAAGCCGAGCAUUUCCGAGUGGGCUCGGUGCUGGUGAUGCUGCUCCAGCAACCGGACCUGCUGCCCAGCUCCCCGCAGCGUCUCACGGCCCUCUACCUGCUCUGGGAGAUGUACCGGACCGAACCGCUGGCGGCCAAUCCGUUCGCCGCGGUGUUCGCGCACCUGUUAAACCCGUCACCGGCGGGAGAGGAGCAGGAGAAACCGCUGUCCGGCUUCCUGCCGCCCAUCACGCUGCCGGAGAAGUACUUCCUGUCCCAGCUGAUGCUCGCCCCGCCCCGCGAGCUGUUCAAGAAGACGCCGCGCCAGGUCUCCUGCAUGGACGUGGGCAACACACCCCAGACCAUCGACAUCAGCGGCCUGCAGCUCGCCCUCGCAGAGCGCCAGUCGGAGCUGCCCACUCAGAGCAAGGCCAGUUUUCCCAGCAUCCUCAGCGACGCGGACCCUGACUCGUCCAACUCCGGCUUCGACAGCUCAGUAGCCAAUCAGAUCACAGAGUCUCUAGCCACAGGACCACGCCCCCCAAUGGAGAGUCACUUCCGUCCGGAGCUGAUCCGGCCGCCCCCCCCGCUGCACGUGUGUGAGGACGAGCUGGCGUGGCUGAGCCCGUGUGUGUGUGUGUGUGAGCCGGAGCACUGUGUGCAGUGGGACCGAUCCAUGUGCGUCAGGAACGGCACCGGCCUGGAGACCAAGCGCCUCAUGGCCAAAGCCUUCAAGAGCCCGCUCAGCGCAGCGCAGCAGACACAGCUGCUAGCGGAGCUGGAAAAGGAUCCUAAGCUGGUGUACCACAUCGGUCUGACUCCUGCUAAGCUGCCGGACCUGGUUGAGAACAACCCGCUGGUUGCCAUAGAGAUGCUGCUGAAACUCAUGCCCUCCAGCCAGAUCACCGAGUACUUCAGCGUCCUCGUCAACAUGGACAUGAGCUUACACUCCAUGGAGGUGGUCAACAGGUUAACCACUGCUGUGGACCUGCCCCCAGAGUUCAUCCAUCUCUACAUCUCCAACUGCAUCUCCACCUGUGAGCAGAUCAAAGAUAAAUAUAUGCAGAAUCGCCUGGUGCGUCUGGUGUGUGUGUUCCUGCAGUCUCUGAUCAGGAAUAAGAUCAUCAACGUGCAGGACCUGUUCAUCGAGGUGCAGGCCUUCUGCAUCGAGUUCAGCCGCAUCCGCGAGGCCGCCGGGCUCUUCCGCCUGCUCAAGACGCUGGACAGCGGAGACACUCCUGCUGAGGGCAAACCUCAGAAAUAACACACACACACACACACACACACACACACACACACAUACAGACAUAGAGAAUGCGUAUUAAGGUGCUGCCGGACUUUUCCGUCUGCUCAAGACACUGGACUGUGGAGAUACGCUUGCUGAGGGUAAACCCCAGAACACACACACACACACACACACACACACACACACACACACACACUCACAAGACUCAGCCCAUCUUUAUUGCGUGUUUGAGUGAGCCCCUGAUCGCCUAGAAUUCAGCCAAUUCAUAGACGUGUACACACACACACACACACACACACACACACACACACACACACACACACACUGGUUUGUAUUGGUGCAUGUGGUUAGCAGGCUGCUGUGGCCGUGGAGGUCCCUGUGUGUGUGUGUGUACCUGAGAGUGUGUGUCAUGUUCCUGACCCCGAUUAAAGAGCCAUGUGUGUGUGAA